AUGGCAGCCAUGUACAGUGAUAGUUUACUAAUAUGGCUUAUUUUCCAACUAAUAAACGUCAUUCUUUUACUUUUUCUUGGUGUACAAUUCGCAUUCAAAGGAAAACAUUAUACACUAGCGAAUCUCGGAUUCGCUGUAUUCAUCGAUUGUGUCGCCAGCUUUUCAGUGGCUUUAAUCUACGGGGAUGAAUUGGCAACAUUGGAAUUUACAACAUUGAACAUGACCACCAACUCCACUUUUGCGACAUCACUUGACCCCUUUUCCUCAGCUCAAGAUAAGAAUUCCUCGGCAGCAGUAGUAGCAGCAAUGCACGCUAAUGUUACCACUUAUAUUUCACCACCACCCCUUUGCAUCGCUCAAUCAUUCUUUCUUUACUUUACACAUUUGUGUAUUGGAUUUUGGACAUUUUGCUUGAUGAUUAAUCUUUGGUUGUUGAUGGUGAAAGGUGCAAGUGAUGUGGAAAUGAAGUGGUUCAAGGUAUACAUUAUAUUCGCGUGGUUAUUCCCACUUAUUUUAACGUGCAUAGCAUUCGUUAUCUUGCACGAACAAUCCAUCACAUAUGGCGUGUCUCCUCCACUCUUAUUCUUUUGUUCUAUUGAAGAUGGAGUCGUAAGACUUGUGACGAAUCAUAUUCCAUUUGCAUUAUGUACAAUUAUUGGACUUGGCUUGGGAUCACACGCGUCUUGGACUCUAAUUACGUAUAGAGCAAAAUUUCUAAAGCAAAGUUCACUAAAGAACAUGGCAAUUCCAAUGGGAUUGUGUGUCCGGAUGGUCUUAUUCUGUCUAUUAUAUCUUGCCCUAUUUAUACUCACUUCCGUAAAACCAGCCACCGAAUUUUUUCUACCCGAUGAUCCGCCAAAUUAUCCCGCGAAAAAGGCAGCACACACAAUGUAUGCAUACAUUGACACACUAAUCGCCUGGAGUCUUUUCCUGAUAUUCGGAACCACACAAGAAUCACUUCGUUCAUUAUUCACCUGUUUCGGCAUGUACUGCACUAAUAUUGUGAAUAGUCGACACUCGACACCUCCUACUCCAUCUUCAACCCCCAUUCCAAACCAAGAAACUCCAGCAUCUUCCGAAACUUAUAUACUACCUGUCACGGGGUUACCGUCAUCACUACCUCAAAUACCACCACCUUGUAAAUGCUACGAAUCAUCCAGACAUCAAUCAAUUUCAAUUGUUUCUGACAGAAACUUGUCAUCUUCUAUUAUGUCAUUCACUCACUUAGGCAGCAGUAAUGGUAGUAAUCUGAAGCGUGCAAUGUCAACAACACGCUGCAAACGAAAAGUUGAGCAUGAAAAUUCUCGACUUGAUGAACUCGAUUGUGAAUUAAUUGGUAGUGUCGGAGCAGGAUCAAGUGGCAGUGCAUUCGGAAGUCUUGGAUUAUUAAAUGAUCCAGCAAUUUUAAGAUUAUUUGUUUGA